UAUGUGAGAAAGUCUUGCGCGAUGUGAUGGCUGAGAUGCCCGAAAGCGAUCGCGCUAACACCAAGAAAAUAGACGAGGCGGUGAGGGAGCACUGCGGAGGAACAAAGGGAAAAGAAAACAAGUUGUGUUUUUACAUCGGCGCUUUGCCAGAAUCGGCCACUUCAAUUAUGAAUGAAGUUGUGAAGCCGUUGUCCUGGUCCAUGCCGGUCGAAAAAGUUUGCGAAAAGCUUCGUACGAUGGAUUCACAGAUCUGUGAAUUAGAGUUCGAUAAGACUAUUGAUUGGAAAACGGCAUGUAAGGGAUGUACGGAGAAGUCGGAAUACGUUGCUAGGAUUGAAGAAUUGAAGCCGAAGUAUGUUAAAACGGAACUGUGAUA